AUGUUAAAGCAUAUAUUGAAGAAUCGUAUUGAAUUUAAUUCAGCAAUACCAACAGUGCAUGCAAAUACCUACGAGGGUAUCUGGUAUUGUAGCUCCAAGUCAAUUAGCAUAAGUAUUUGCGUCUCUAUAGUAAAUCAUGACAGUUAUGCGCAAGUACUUUACUCAUUGCAGAUUAGGCUUUUCAACAAUGCCGUAGAGAGCAUAUCAAGUGUGAAGCGGAGCUAUCAUGUUAUGGAGCAUUCCAUGGCAGUAGAACCGCACGCGAGCAGCAGAAAUGUGGCCGAAUGUAACCCAACACCGCCAGAACGCCGCAAGGUCGGCUACUGCACUGAGCAUGCGUGA